UAUUCAGACGCUUCGUUAGAUAUAGACUUGUGCUGUGUGUUUGCGCUAUUAAAUAGCUCUGCUUACGAUAUUUUUGUAUUCGGGUCGUAACCAUUUUUGUAAAAUAGAAAGAAACAACAACAAAAAAACACCAUCACUUACUAACCGACCUGCGGUAAUGAUAAACGCGAUAAUAGUUUUAACGUUAUUUAUUAAAUAUAAUAAUAAAAUUUAAGUUAAAUAAUACAAAUAAAACAUAAACAAGUCUAUCAGUCAGUUUGACGUUUCUAGCAUAAAUCAUUGGAUCGGGUUAUUUACAUACAUACAUAUGUACAUAGAUAUGUCGUCUGUGUAAAGAUACCACAGCAAACAUCAUUAUUUUUACCUUUUAUGCAAAGAAUUUUAAAAUAAAUGUGAUUUGGUUAAGAAAAAAAACAUAAAAGUAAAAGAAACAAGUUAAACUUCUCUCAAAAAUAACAAGUACUUAAAACGUAACAAAAAAAAAAGAAGUUAAAUUUAAGCUGUGGCGAUGUCCGAAUCAACGGAAUCGCCAGGAAAACAACAAAAGGCAACGCAACGACGCCAGUUGCGUGAACGAAAGGAACGUAAACAAUAUUUAGAAGAAUGGGGUUUGGGUGAUGAGGAUUUGGAGGGUGCAAGAGGUUUUAGUGUUGCUGAAAAGCUGGAAUCAGCUAAAUUUGCACAAACUGGAAUGGUACGCGAAAUGCGUGGUAGUGAUUUAAAUGUCGCUUUCUUGCAACAGUAUGGCUUUAAUAUACCAUUAUUAUUUCGCGACAAAACUGGUUUGGGCUUACGUAUGCCAGAUCCUAAUGAGUUUACAAUAAACGAUGUGCGUUUAUGUGUUGGUUCUCGUCGCAUACUAGAUGUUAUGGACGUUAAUACACAGAAAAAUCUACAAAUGACCAUGAAAGAAUGGCAACAGUAUUAUGAUAAUCCACAAAAAGAUCGUUUACUUAACGUUAUAUCGUUGGAAUUUUCCCAUACGCGUCUCGAUAGCUAUAUACAAAGUCCCGAUAUUGUUAGACAAAUUGAUUGGGUCGAUGUUGUCUGGCCCAAAAGUCUAAAGGAUGCUCAAAGGGAGGGUACAAAUCUUUUGGGUAAUAUGAUGUAUCCAAAAGUGCAAAAGUAUUGCCUGAUGUCGGUUAAAAACUGUUAUACCGAUUUUCACAUUGAUUUCGGCGGUACUUCGGUGUGGUAUCACAUAUUAAAGGGCAGCAAAGUAUUUUGGUUAAUACCUCCAACAGAAAAGAACUUACAGCUAUAUGAAAAAUGGGUUUUAUCGGGCAAACAAGCUGAUAUUUUCUUUGGUGAUACAGUGGAAAAGUGUGCUCGUGUAUAUCUAACGGCCGGUAAUACAUUCUUUAUACCCACUGGUUGGAUACAUGCUGUAUAUACACCCACUGACUCUUUAGUAUUUGGUGGAAAUUUCUUGCAUUCUUUCGGCAUUGUUAAGCAAUUGAAAACGGCACAAGUUGAAGAUGCCACAAAGGUACCGCAAAAGUUUCGUUAUCCUUUCUUUACGGAAAUGUUAUGGUAUGUUUUGGCACGCUACGUUUACGUACUGCUAGGGCAUUCACAUUUAGAGGGUGAACCAUCCAUUGAGGAGAAUGAAAUGGCUUCAAGACCUCACAUUCACCUUACCCAUUAUGAGCUGUUUGGUCUUAAAGAAAUUGUCAUGUAUUUGUAUGAUUUACCACCGAAUAAGAAGAAUGUACCCGAGCUGGUACGUGAUCCGGUUGCAUUAAUAAAGGAUGUGCGCACCUUGGUGGAGAGACAUUGUAAAGAUAAACCCGACAUGGCCAUAACUGGUGAAUCAGUGUUAAAACCUCCCGGCUUAAUGCAUCCCAUAUUCCAAGAGUAUGAUCGUGCACGUGUUAAGCAAGAAAUUAAGCAAGAGAUAGCUAGAAAAAAUGCUGAAAUCAUACGGGAACAACAGCAAAUGAAUCGAGAGCAACAAGCAGCAGACUGCUUGAAUACCACUCCCACCACACAUUUGGCGUUUAGCGGCACAACAACAGUAACCACGGAUAAUGGUAUUACCAUUAAAAAGGAACCUAUAGAAAAUGGUAAUAUCCAGCAGUCAACACAACAGCAACAGGAGCAACAACAACAGCAACAGCCUACAUUUGUUUCGCCCACAGAUAAUAUAAAAUAUCGACCUCCAAAGAAAAUGCAUUUGGCUAAUGCUGUGGCGGCUGCUGCCAACAACAAUAUCAACAACAGCAAUAAUAACAAUGCCGUUAGCGUCAUAGCAUCUUGUUCUAGUUACAAUUCAGUUCAUACACAAAUUCUGCCUCCUAUACAAACAUCACAUGCUCCCAGCAGCAGUUCAACUGACAAUUGUCAUUCUCCUGGCGAAUCAUCCAAGAUAUCACCAAAUGUUACCGGUUUAGGACAGCCACGUCGAAGACGCACUCGUUGUAAAAAUUGUGCUGCUUGUCAAAGAUCCGAUUGUGGUGAAUGCAGCUUCUGUUUGGAUAUGGUUAAGUUUGGAGGACCCGGUAGAGCUAAACAAACAUGCAUGAUGCGCCAAUGCUUGUCACCCAUGCUACCCGUUACAGCCCAAUGUGUAUUUUGUCAUUUAGAUGGUUGGCGACAGACGCCCGUCUCACCACAAACUAAACAAUUGGCUUCUAUAGAUGGUCCAUCAUCGUUGAUGGAAUGUUCGGUUUGCUAUGAAAUUGCUCAUCCUGAUUGCGCUCUCUCCUCCCUAGAUGGUACCGAAUAUGCAGCCGAUGCUAAGGGUAUAGUUAAUGAGGAUUUGCCAAAUAGUUGGGAAUGUCCCAGUUGUUGUAAAUCGGGGAAAAACAAUGAUUAUAAGCCUCGUCAUUUUCGUGCUCGCCAAAAAUCGUCUGAAGUUCGCAGAGUUUCGGUGGGAGGAGUUAAUAUUGGUGGUGAACAUUUGGAUGCACAUUUAUCAACAAAUAUACCACAAUACAAUGAAUUUGUUUUUACCAGUGAAUCGGAAAUGGAAACAAGCUCCGCUAAUACCAACAAUUGGAAACAUGGCAUUAAACGUCAUAUACCUUUGGAUGUGAAAACCGAACGGAACUAUGAUACUCCUUCGCCCGGCAUAUCACCAACGGCUGGCGAUAAAGUUAAACGACGUAAAAGUGAUGAUGGUUUAAGCAUGUGCAGCAGUAUGCAAGAUAGCAUAGAUGCCAAUGCUUCCAUUGACUGCAAUAUAACUGGAAUUGGAGGCGGUAUAGGUGGUGGUGGUGCGACAGGAGGACAAGGUUCACGUAAAAAGAAUUCGAUUAGAUCUCAACUAGCUCAACAAAUGUUGAAUUCUUCGACAAGGGUACUCAAAAAACCAUCAUAUGUUGUAAGACCGGGUGGACAUUCGGGCUAUGGCAAUAGUCAUGCUGCUCCAAAUUUGGCUUUAGAUGCCACACUUUUGAAAAUUAUAUUCCGCUAUUUACCACAAGAAACGUUGGUAACCUGCUGCUCGGUUUGUAAGGUGUGGUCGAAUGUUGCCGUAGAUCCAGAUUUGUGGAAAACAAUGAACUGUGCUGAAAUGAAACUAUCUGCUUCACUUUUAACCGCCAUUGUUAGGCGUCAACCGGAACAUUUAAUCUUAGAUUGGACUCAAAUUGCUAAAAGACAAUUGGCUUGGGUCAUAGCCCGUCUACCGGCGCUCAAGAAUCUCUCUCUACAAAAUUGUCCCAUACAAGCUGUUUUAGCUUUACACACCUGCCUUUGUCCUCCUUUACAAAUUCUAGAUUUAAGUUUCGUGCGUGGUCUAAAUGAUGCGGCCAUACGCGACAUUUUAUCACCGCCCAAAGACUCAAGACCCGGUCUAACCGAUUCAAAAACCCGUUUAAGAGAUUUAAAAACAUUGAGAAUAGCUGGCACCGAUAUUUCCGAUGUGGCAUUGCGCUAUAUAACGCAGUCAUUACCACAUUUAAUACAUUUAGAUGUAUCUUCUUGCCAGCGUAUAACCGAUGCCGGUGUGGCUCAAAUAGGUACUUCUCCAACGGCCAUUGCAAACCUGGUAGAAUUAAAUUUAAGUGCUUGCCGUUUGGUAUCCGAGCUAUCAUUGGAUCAUUUAGCAAAAUGUGAUCAGUUGGUGUGGUUAGACCUGAGGCAUGUACCGCAAGUAUCUACUCAGGCGGUUAUAAAAUUUGCUGCCAAAUCUAAGCAUGAUUUGUGUGUCAAAGAUAUAAAGCUAGUUGAAAAGCGUAAAAUACCUCAAACCCCACUCUCCUCGGGAGGCGCUAGCAGCACAUUCUCCACCUCAACGACUCCCAUUUCAUCAGCUGCUGGUUCAGCAAGUAUUUGGAAUGAAUAAAAUCUCUCUCACUCUCUCUUUACACAAUAUCGAUGCAAAAUAAACCUUAGCAAGGCACAGUGUUUUUUGAAUUAAAUAAAGAAGUAACCAAAGAUUUAAAACAUUUUAAACAAUUUCGUUCAUCAGUUGUAGUUGUAUAAAGGAUAUAAUUAAAUAGACACUUAUACACAUACAAAUUACGCAAAUUAUCCAAUAGAUAUAAAAAAGUGUAUCUUUAUGAAAAAGCAUUCCCCUUUUAUGAUCUUUUAAAUAGCUUUAACGAUUAAGCUCAGUUAAAAUUAAAACACAUACAAGAAUAAAAUCAAUACAGAAUACCACAUAACAAAUUGCAACCCACUAAAUAAAUAUAUUUAUAAUUAUUAUUAUAAAUUCUAAUGUUAACGAUAAUAUUAUAUGUAUAUUGUACAUACUAUAUAACAUAUUAUUUGUCGUAACACUUCUUGUUCUCCUCAAUUGUAAUUAAGUUAUAUUAUAAACAAUGAAUAACAUUAAAAAAAUAUUAAAAAAACAUCCGCACAUUUUUAGUGUCAUAUUUGAAAUUUUAUAAAUUUUAAAUUAUCAUGCAACUCAAAUAAUGUACCAUAUAGUACUAACAAAAGAAAAUUAAGAAAUACAUAUACAUGCAAUUAUAAGAAUUAUUUGAAAAAUAAAAAAAUAAAUCAUAUACAUGCAUA